UUUUUUUUAUCUUAUGGAGUCUAAUUAAAUUUAUCCAACGUGGCGCGACAUUUGGCGAAAAGUUAGAAUGCCAAGUGUCGCUGCCUCGUGACCUAGCUAAAAGUUUAGCUUUAUAUGAUUAGUUAUAUGAUAUGAUAUGAUAUAGAUAGAUAUGUACUUCGUAUUUGUUCAUACCUAACUAACCUCCCUUCAAGAGAGUGAGGAUUACCUCAAAUAAUUAAACUUUUCUCCCAAUUUCAGAAGAUCCUGAUAACGUUUUUCACCCCCAUUUUUUUGUGACUUUCUAAACACCGAACCCCCCCCAAAAAAAAAAAAAAAAAAAAAAAAAAAAAGCCAUUGAAAAGCAAAUGUGAAAAAUAAAAAACAGACUCACAAAUCACAAUAGCCCUGCCUUCUUCUCUCUCCUCCUUCUCCAUUGAAGCGCACUCAACAUCGCAGUUACGUUCUCCAUCAUUGAACCAGCUUCUGAGUCCUUGAUGGAAAAUAGACCUGAUUUGGAGGAUGAUGAUGAUGAUUUUAGUGAUAUCUACAAGGCGUACACUGGACCAAUUGGAUCUUCUGUAGUCAAUGUACAAGAAAAGCCUAAAGUAAAUACCAAAAAAUCCCAAGCUAGCUCCGAUGAGGAAGACGAGCGUGACCCUAAUGCUGUCCCGACAGAUUUUACGAGUCGAGAGGCUAAGGUUUGGGAGGCUAAAUCUAAAGCAACAGAGAGAAACUGGAAGAAGAGGAAGGAAGAAGAAAUGAUUUGCAAAAUUUGUGGGGAAUCUGGUCACUUCACUCAGGGAUGUCCAUUUACCCUUGGAGGGAAUCGCAACUCCCAGGAUUUCUUUGAAAGGGUGGCUGCAAGAGACAAGCAAGUGAGAGCACUUUUCACAGAUAAAGUGAUCGAGAAGAUCGAGCUAGACAAUGGCUGCAAAAUCAAGAUGGAUGAGAAGUUUAUUAUUGUUAGUGGCAAGGAUAGAUUAAUCUUGAGAAAAGGUGUAGAUGCAGUGCAUAAAGUGAUUAAAGAUGAAUGUAAUGAUAGGAGCUCUCCAGGUUCUCAUACAGGUAGGUCUAAAUCGCCAGAGCGCAGUCCUAUUGGUACUCGGUUUUCAAGCUCAGAACCCCGAAGAUCUAGGUCACCUGAGCGCAGUCCUUUCAGUAAUCGAUUUACGCGCUCAGAAUCUCAAAGAUCUAACCCUAGCCCUAGAAAUGCAUCACAGUUUCAUCAGAGAUUUGUCAGACAAGAUAGAGGUCUUGAGGACCGUAUUCGUGGGGAUCUGCAGAAACCUUCUAGAAAUUCUCCAGCAAGAGCUUAUGUUAGUGAUGGAGGACGAGGUCGUGCAAGCCGUUCGCGAUCUCCAGCCCGUGCCCCUUAUAGUGGCAGUUCAUAUACCACAUAUCAGGGACCCUACAGAUCCCAUGGUUGGGAAACCGAGAGACGGGGAUAUGAUGUCCAUGCUGAUAAUAAGGUUGAGCAUCCCUUAUUGCCACAAACACUUGAGGAUGUGGAGUUGGAAUACAAAAGAGAGGCCAUGGAUCUAGCCAGACUUCGUGAUCAGCAAGAAGACGAGGAGAAUUACAAGCACCGUGAGGUUAUCAGAGACUUGAGAGAGACUUACAUGAAAAGGCUUGCUGGUUUACGAAGCUCUCAUGCUAAACAGUGGGAUGAGUUCCUUCACUUGGAUGCACAAAGACGUCAGCAGGUGCACCAGCAGCAGAUGCCAACUUCAGGUUUUGGUGGUUAUCAGCAGUCCACUUUCUCUGAUUAUGAUUCAUUACACAGUCAGCCCUAUGCUGGGUCAAACUUUCAUGUAGAGCCAAGGGGCCAAUACACAAACCCUGCUGAGCACUUUCCACACCCUAGGCCCCGUGAUGCUUACACUGAUAUUCAGCAUCAGAGACUAGAUGGUUAUGGGAGAGCAUACAAUCGAUAUUAAGUAGUUAUGCUGAAAAAAAACAUUGGGAUCAGGGCUUGAUGAUUACAUAUGCUAGUGGAGACUGAACCCUAGGUAAGUUCUAUAGAGUUCUUUUUAGGUUGUCGAGAGAUUAGCAAAGAUCAUCAUUAUUGUUCGAUGCCCUUGUGGUUCUGCCUUGUAAAACCACUUGCUUUGUUAAUUUUGACCCUUGUUUCGUCCUGUUGGUUUAGCGAUAAUCAACCUAUGAUGUUAAACCUUGUUUGGGUUUGGUCAUGUCUUUGAAUUGUUGGAUCAAAUUGAAUGGCGAUUUGCUCUAUUUAACAGUGGUGGUUUUUCAUUCAAA